UGCGAAAGGCUGGCUCGCUUCUCCGACGCGCCGGCGCCGUGAGUUGCGGCCGCCUCUUUCUCCUUUCCUCAGAGAGGCAAGAAUGGCAGCUCGGGGGACGCUGCAAAAGAUCGUAGUAGCCCCCACGAGGAGACACACGGCUUCUGUCAUCUUUCUGCAUGGCUCAGGUGAUACUGGUCAAGGAAUAAGAGCCUGGAUCAAACAGACUUUGAAUCGAGAUUUGUCUUUCCAACAUAUAAAAGUCAUUUAUCCAACAGCUCCUGCCAGACCCUAUACACCAAUGAGAGGGUCCUUGUCCACGGUGUGGUUUGACAGAUAUAAGAUCUCUAAUGAUUGCCCAGAACAUAUUGAAACUAUUGACUCAAUGUGUCAAGAGCUUACCGAUUUGAUUGAUGAUGAAGUUAAAAACGGCAUCAGAAAGAACAGGAUACUCUUGGGUGGGUUUUCCAUGGGAGGAGGUAUGGCUAUGCACUUGGCAUACAGAUAUCACCAAGACCUGGCAGGAGUGUUUGCUCUUUCAAGCUUUCUCUGUAAGAACUCCGUUGUUUACCAGGCAUUACAGAAGAAUGAAGGGGAACUACCCGAGUUAUUUCAGUGUCAUGGGAUGGCUGAUGAACUAGUUCUGCAUCCGUGGGGUGAAGAAACCAACGAGAUGUUAAAAUCCCUUGGAGUAAGGACAACAUUUCUAAGUUUUCCAAACUUUCAUCAUGAACUGAACAGUGAUGAGUUGGAAAAAUUGCAAGCCUGGAUUCUGAAGCAGUUGCCAGAAGAGUUAAUGAUUCAUGAUCAAUAAGGGGAGGUAUCACGUAUCUGGUAUCUAGAAUGCAUAUGGAUAUUUCUGUGUUACAUUAUUUCUGAACUUGUAAUUUGGUUCUGAACAGAAGCACAAUGUUCAAAUGAUGAUAAGAAUAUUAAACAAAAAUUAUGGUG